ACACACCGCCCCAACCCCCCCCUCCAACAUUCUUCUAUCCUCCCCGUCCUGCGGGCACCAGGACCGGCUGCUUGGCGUCUGUCUCGCGCCUGGCCGGUUGGAGGUUAUUUUUAGUGUCCGGUUGUUUCGUGUUGCAGUGUGGGGAGUCACGAUAGAUCAUUUUCCUCUACAGCCCAACCGGGAGACGCUCACGCCGAGUUACGGAGAAUCCUGGUAGAAUAACGGAUAUAACAGAUACGGGCCCUCCGUGAGCCUUAACCGGUGGAAUAACAAGCCCAGCUGUCCGGUAGGAAUUAAGGGACGACAUUGCCGAGCUUUUCUUAACGGAGAAAGGAUAUUUAAACCCCACGAACGCACCAUAGCCUACUGAAGCCUUUAUCAGAGAUGGCCAGCACCGGGACUGAGCGCGAGGAACCUCACGUUCCCCUGGACGAACUGAGACAUCCCGAGCCUGCAUUCAGAGAGGCGCAGAAGUGGAUCGAGGAGGUGACGGGAAAACGUUUCGGUGAGAAGGACUUCCGGAGCGGCCUGGAGAACGGGAUCCUGCUCUGCGAGUUACUGUGUUCCAUCAGACCAGGUUUGGUCCAGAAAAUCAACAGACUACCCUCGCCCAUCGCUGGACUGGACAACCUGUCAGUGUUCCUCAGAGGCUGUGAGGAGUUGGGUCUGAAAGGUUCCCAGCUGUUUAAUCCGGGAGACCUUCAGGACACCUCCAUACAAGCCAACCUCAGGGACUCAGAAUGCAGUAGAAAACUGAAGAACGUAUUAAUUACAAUAUUCUGGCUGGGGAAGGCAUCCAGUGUGUGUCCCUCCUAUGACGGACCUGUCCUAAACCUCAGAGAGUUUGAGGGACUGCGAUCACACAUGAGAACGCUGAGUGAGGACAGGUCUGGGUCAGACAGUGUGAGGCCAGGUGUGAGGGACAGUGGUUACGACUGCUGGGACUCAGAGCGGAGUCAGUCUCUCUCUCCCCGACAACCACACAGGACAACUCCCUGGACAG